GAGGGAAGGCUAGGAAACUAGAGAGAGAGAGAGAGAGAGAGAGAGGCAAACAUUUCCCCGACCUGAUCCCGCCAUAGUUUUUCCCACUCCUCCACCAUAGACCCAUCACCAAAUCCACCCAGUACACCCCACCUCCUUCACUGUGCGAUAGAGAGGCUAUAGGCUGCUGCUUUAUUCGUCUACUGGGGCCGGCUGCAAGUCUUCUCCUGCUCCACUUAUUCAACUGGAUUUACAGCUAAAUUCAACGCUCAUCUGUUUUUACACUUUUCAAAUCUUUUUUUUUUAUUUUUUAUUUUUGCUGCGGAGAAUUAGCCUACCACUUGUUUCGAUUUGUAUUCUUUUUAGAUCUGCGUUUUCGGAUAGCAUAUUCUUGCCCUCUACUGUGAUUUCCACUUUCAGUUAGUGUGGCAAGUGUGACAAUAUCUUGUUGCGCUAUAAGCAAAUUUAGCAGAGAAACUUUUUUUUUAGCUGGCUUCAAUUUUAGUUAUUCCGGGCUUCGGUUUUUUUUUUUUUUUUUCGUUUUUGGACUUGGAAAAACAAUUUACACCAUGCACAAGCUAUACAUUGGGAAUCUAGGCGACAGCGUGACUGCCGAGGACUUAGGAAAAACCUUUGACGACCACAAGAUCCCAUACUCCGGACAGUUUCUAAUGAAAACCGGCUAUGCGUUUGUGGAUUGUCCGGACGAUCAGUGGGCCAUAAAGGCUAUCGAGACGUUUUCUGGUAAAGUGGAACUUCAAGGGAAACGUAUUGAGGUCGAGCACUCCGUCCCCAAGAAGCAAAGGACCAGGAAACUGCAGAUCAGAAACAUUCCACCUCACCUGCAGUGGGAGGUGCUGGAUGGUCUGUUGGCUCAGUGUGGAACCGUAGAGAACUGUGAACAAGUGAACACAGACAGUGAAACUGCAGUGGUUAACGUCACAUAUGCAUCCCGGGAGCAUGCCAGGCAAGCCAUCCAGAAGCUGAACGGAUACCAGUUUGAGAACAACGCCCUGCGCGUCUCUUACAUCCCCGACGAGAACUCCGAGCUGGAGGGAGGCCAGCGGGGGCCCGAUAAUGGCCGGCGCGGUUACGGGCCCCGAGGCGGGCCUCGCGGCGGCUCCCCGAGCUCUGGGAUGCCCUCCAAACCGCCACACGCCGACAUCCCUCUGAGACUGCUGGUAUCCACACAGUACGUCGGAGCCAUCAUUGGCAAGGAGGGAGCCACCAUUCGCAACAUCACCAAGCAGACGCAGAGCAAGAUUGACGUGCACCGCAAGGAGAACGCAGGAGCUGCCGAGAAGCCGAUCAGCAUCCACUCAACCCCCGAGGGCUGCUCAGCCGCCUGCCGCAUGAUCCUGGACAUCAUGCACCAGGAGGCUAAAGACACCAAGACUGCCGACGAGGUUCCUCUCAAGAUUCUGGCUCACAACAACUUUGUCGGACGCCUGAUCGGGAAGGAGGGACGCAACUUGAAAAAAGUUGAACAGGACACAGACACCAAGAUCACCAUCUCCCCUCUUCAGGACCUGACGCUGUACAAUCCAGAGAGAACCAUCACAGUCAAAGGCUCGAUCGAAGCCUGCUGUCAUGCCGAGGUGGAGGUGAUGAAGAAGGUCCGAGAGGCCUACGAGAACGACAUCGCUGCCAUGAAUCAACAGACCCACCUGAUCCCAGGGCUCAACCUCGGUGCUUUGGGCCUCUUCCCCUCCUCCUCCAAUAUGCCCCCACCCCCUCCUGGAAACGCGUCCGGUAGUGCCCCCUAUGGUUGCUUCGGGGCUCCAGAGCAGGAGACGGUCCAUGUGUACAUCCCAGCACAGGCAGUGGGAGCCAUCAUUGGAAAGAAAGGACAGCACAUCAAACAGCUGAGCCGCUUCGCUGGAGCCUCCAUCAAGAUCGCUCCGGCUGAAUCUCCAGACUCCAAAAUGAGGAUGGUGAUAGUGACCGGACCCCCCGAGGCUCAGUUUAAGGCUCAGGGCAGAAUCUAUGGCAAACUGAAGGAGGAGAACUUCUUUGGGCCCAAGGAGGAGGUCAAACUGGAGACUCACAUCAAGAUGGCCGCUGCUGCUGCAGGCAGGGUCAUUGGCAAGGGAGGCAAGACGGUGAAUGAGCUGCAGAACCUGACAGCAGCCGAGGUGGUGGUCCCCAGGGAACAGACCCCCGACGAAAACGACCAGGUCAUCGUCAAGAUCAACGGACACUUCUACGCCAGCCAGUUGGCUCAGAGGAAGAUCCGGGACAUCCUGACCCAGGUCAAACAGCCACAGAAAGGCGGUAUGGGCCCGGGCCCGGGCCCUAACCCCCAGGGCUUUACAGAGAUGGGCAGCCCCACGCAGGGACUGAGUCAGGAGCACCAGCCGCGCAGGAAGUGAGGGCCCCGCACCUUCCUCACAUGCCGUGGGGGCCCCUGCCUGACGGACAGACAGACAGACGGACAGACACACGCACGGACGGAUAGACAGACAGACAGACGGAUACAGGAGAGCGACACACGGACCCAGCGAUAGACAGGGAGAGAUAUAAAGAGGGAGGGAGUACGCCCGACAGCCAGAGAGAAAGAUCGGCGUUAAAAAGAGAGGAAGAGAGAAGAUGAAUAAAAUCAAAAGAUGAAAUGAAUUAAAAAAAAAAAAAAAAAGGAUUAAGAUGAAAUGUAACUUGAGAACAGAAACCAGAUGCCAGGUCAGAAGAGAGACUGAGUGAGGAUGGAGGGAUGAAGGAAAGGAGGGAUGGAGAGAGGGAGGGGCGGUGUCCUCCUGGUGUGCCUGGGUAGGGCUGCAUCAGACAGGUGGAAACAACACCAUGACACUCCCACCUGUCCACCUGAGACACACUAGCAGGGGCCCGUUUGUUCCUCUGUCGGCCCCUACAGACCUCUCCCACCAUCUGCAGUCAGUCCUAUAUUUUAAGGGUGUUUUUUUUUUUUUUUUUAAACAUAGAGAUAUAUGUAUAGAAAUGUUUUAUUCAGAGCUAUUAUUGAUAGAAUGCAGUGAGGCAGAGCCGGGAGAGAGAGCAGGGAAACCGCUGCAGCGGCACAGGGGGGUUAGGUCACGGGUCAGGCAUUAGCCCCACCCACCCCUAACCCCCGAGCCAAUGAAAGUCUAGAAGAGGGGCCGCAGAUGUUAACACUGCUCUUAUAAAGACCUCUCCGAAUAGCGGAGAGUUUAGGAGAAAAAAAAAAAAAGGAGAAAAUAUGAGGUUGUAAAUAUAUAAUCUUCAUGUAAAUGUUAAGAAAUGCUGUGUCUGGCCGCCUUGCCUUUAAAAGAAAAAAAAAGGGUCUUCUGUAUAUUUCCCAGUCUCCAGUCUAUGAUAUGUAGCAUAAAGGUAGCCUACAACGCGGCCGGGGGCUGGGGAAGCACUGAGGCCCUUUCCACGUUUAGCUGUGUGGCGGAAGGCGCAGCAAGAGACAGAAAGGGGAGCGGCGGUCGCAGCUGGUCCUGCAGUUCUAUUGCAGCGGCUCAGCUCACACAUGUGAAACCAUUGUAAAACACCUUCGUUAAAAAAAACAGCCAGCAGCUAUGCUAGCUGGCUAGCGGCCCGCCCCUUAAACGGCAUAUUUUAUAUAUAUUAUAUAUAUAUGAUAUGUGAGUUAGCCCGGCCCCUCCAGUUAAUGUAUUGAAGGCAGCGAGUCAGGUGUGAGGUUUUUGCUACACCUGUAUGUAUAAGUUCCGCAAUGACAGACAGACAAAGGAGUGUCUGAGACUUUCUGCUCAUUGCCUUCUUUCAGCGCUGAUCUACUCAAGGCCAGUCUUGGACAGCGAUGGCUUUCUCCUCAGAGGAGCUGGGGUCCUUAAGACCAUCCCUGCAUUGACGCCGUGUUUGUUCAUUUGGACAAACAUGGCCACUCGUGCUUGUAUUAAGAAUUAAGAAUAUUAAAGACUGGCCUUGGGCCGAGCGCGUGAACCUAAAAAAAAAAAAAAAAAAAAAAAAAGCAAAGUCUUCCACAAAGCUCCUUGCCUUGAGCUCAGAGAAGGUAAAAUCAGACAGAAGGGGAGCGGCUUCCUCGUUCUCUCUCCCAAUCUGCCAAAAGGUCUGUGGGCGGAGCCUCCAGACCCUGCCUGCGUAUGAUAAUGAGGGGCGGGGUCUAAGCGUGGACGCUCUCGCCAAGAUUAGAACAGAUUAGAGAAGAAAUGAAAAAGAAAAAAACCUACCUCAGGGUAAAGUUACCUCAGUAUUCCUAACUUUUUUUUUUUUGCUUGCUGGUUUUUAUAUAAGAAGAAGAAAAAAAAGAAAGAGCUGAUAGUCCUGAAUAUUUUUUAUUUUUUUAAAGAAAAAAAGUAUUUUUUUUUAGGUAUUGUCUUGUUGCUUUGGUUAUUUUUUUCUGUUUUUUGUGUGUGUGUGUGUGUGUGUGUGUGUGUGUAUGAGAUGAUGGUUGAAUGAGCUCAGGAUGACGAGGAGGCUGUGUUUUUUUCCAAAGCAGAGAGAGAUAAGCUGCUGCUCUAGAGAGGAAAUGGGUCCAGUGCCAUUUUGCCUUUUUUUUAAGGUGAGGAAACAUGCUCUCUGUCUUCCUGAAGUGUGAUUGGAGCUGCCGUUGUCUGAAAUAUUGGCCAAUGGGGAGUGGUGUUAACUUGAGAGGGGGGUCCUAACGUGCACACGGUUGCCGAACAAUCCCCUGGGUGCUCUUUGUUACUGAGCGCAUGUCAUCAGAGAGGGGCGAUACUAAAAGAAUUCUUUUCCCCCCGUCGCAUUGUGUGACUGGCCAUUCCCCGGGGUUACUGGCCCGCCCUGUGCCCCGAAGGACCUCCCUCUCCUGCCUUAUUGUGAUGACAUCAUCACCAAGCGCCAAACAUUAUGAGAGGGCUUUAGGUGUUCAAGAGGUCAAGUUUCUCACCCACAAAAAAAAGACAUGUAAGAGUGAGCUUUUAAGGCAAAUUUCUUUACCUUUCUCACUUGGUUUGGAACAUGUCAGAUCAGAGUAGUAGUGGUCCAUCUAAAGUGUAACUGUACAUCUCUCACACACACACACACACACACACACACACACACACACACACACACACACACACACACACACACACACACACACACACACACACAAACCUGAACUAGCUCUGACUUCUCUGAAUGUGAAUAUUUAUUACCUGUGCACUGACCACGACACCUCAGAUGCUCCCUGUUGGCUACAUGUGCGCUUGGUGUGUGUAUGUGUGUGAGAGCGAAUGCUGGAGUGUGUGUGUGUGUGUGUUCACUGGUUUUAAAUGUUCAUUUCUGUCAGGGGAUGUGGUUGGGUGAAACUUAAAAAAAAAAAAAAGCAGAAAAAAGUAGGAUGAGAACCUAUGGCCCUCUGUGUUCCAACGGACCGAGGAGAGAGAGAGAGAGAGAGAUCCAAGAACCUUUGAAAAAAUGGGAGCAGAAAAAGAAAAGCAAGAGAGUUCAAAACAACAUUAACACAGCUGAGUAAUAGAUUCAAACCUGUACAUAAGAUGUUUAAAAAAAAA